AUUUCAUGUAGGAUAAAUAGUUUUUCGUACUCCGUCUUUACAUCAAAUUAAGUUCUGGUAGCUACUAGCUACCCAAAAUUGUUUCUAUUUUCUCACUUUUUCUAAAAAUAGAUUCUACAUUUUCACAACAAUAUUCAUGAACGCGUUUAAGCACAGCUCUAACAGCAGCACCACGUGUCAUCUUCCGAGUAAGAUUGUAAUUCACAAUUCCCCGGCACGAAAUUAAAGAAAUGUCAGUGACCCCUGCACUUCCAUUUCCAGCCGUUUCAGUCCCCAGAAACAUAAAAUUCCGUCACCUAAAACCCCAAAAACUCUUCGUAAUACGAUCGUCAUCGUCACAAUCGCCGUCGAUGGACACUCCACAACCGAAAAAGGUGGCGGUCUGCGGCGGUGGAGUCAUCGGAGUCUGCACCGCCUACUUCCUAUCAAAAAAAGGCGCCGCAGUAACCCUAAUCGAGCAAUCCUCCGUCGCCUGCGCCGCCUCCGGCAAGGCCGGAGGUUUCCUAGCCCUAGAUUGGUGCGACGGCGGUCCCCUCGCCUCACUUGCACGCGCCAGCUUCAAUCUUCAUCGGUCACUCGCUGAAGAACUUGAUGGGCCCCACUCUUACGGCUAUCGUCCACUCACUACCCUUAGCGUCUCCGUCACCGAAUCAUCAUCAGCUUCUUCCUCUUCUUCGUCGAACCAAACUGGGGCGGUUCCGUCUUGGGUUAACGGCCCAGCUAAAAGCCCAAGAACUAUUGGAUCAACUAAUAGCACGGCCCAAGUCCAUCCACAGCUCUUUACUAAAAGACUAUUAACCAAAGCAAUGGAGGAAUAUGGAGUUGAGCUGGUAAUUGGUAAAGCAGAGAGAGUUGAAAUGGUGGAGGGGAAAACGAAGGUAAUUGUAUUGGAAGAUGGGAGAGAGAUUGUGGCAGAUGCAGUUGUGUUGGCACUUGGGCCUUGGACUAAGAGAUUCUCUCUUUUGGGCUCGCUUUUCGGGGUUUAUGGAAUUAAAGCCCAUAGCAUUGUGCUGGAACCUAAAGAGCCGAAUAGGAUCACGCCACAUGCGUUGUUUCUUACUUAUUAUCCGGCCCAUGGUGGGAAGCCCAUGGACCCGGAAGUUUAUCCUCGUCCGACAGGGGAAGUUUAUAUAUGUGGAAUGUCAGCUCGAGAAGAGGUUCCAGAUGAUCCAGAGCAGGUAACUCCAGUUCCAGAAUCAAUAAACGUGCUUAAGAGAGUGGCUGCUAGUGUAUCAAGCCAUUUGGUGGAGGGGGAAGCAGCUGUGACGGCUGAACAGGCGUGUAUCCUACCUUGCUCUGAAGAUGAUGUGCCAAUUAUUGGGGAAGUUCCUGGUAUAAAGGGCUGUUAUGUGGCAACCGGACAUAGCUGUUGGGGAAUUCUUAAUGGUCCAGCCACAGGUGCUGCUAUGGCCGAACUCGUUCUGGAUGGACAAGCUAACAUAGUUGAUCUUAGCCAAUUUACCCCCGCAAGGUUUGCUAGUGUUCUGAAGAAGUAAGAUUGUUUUAUACGAAUCAUCUAAGGCAAGACCGCUUCAUAUACUCAACACCAGAAAAGGCAAAAGAGCCACUGUCGAAUGAAGAACUUAUAGGAUUGUUGUUCUGAGUUCUGAAUUAUUGCACAAAUGUGUAGAGUAGAAACUGGCCACAGUUACAUUUUCAUUAUCAGCACACAAAAUGUGGAUUCUGUCCAA